AUGAGUAUAAACAGACCAAGCAGAUUACGUGAGGCGUCAAGUGUGGAGGACCAGGAGUGUAACAUUGAGGACCAGACACCAACCGAGGAGGACCAAGUUGGUUGCAUAGUUACUACAUGCUCCGAAAUAGCCAAUAAAGGGAAGCGUGGAUGCCCUCUCCACGAGGAAGACGCACGACCAGCGUUUCGCUGCUUGAAGUGUAAAAGGCAACGCAUUUUCGGGAGGAAUUUAUGCAUAUACCAUCUAGGAAUCCAUGGGCGGAAUACGCAGGAGCAAAAAGGGCUAACGCACAAUGUCAAGAACCGAUGCCAAUGGGGGGAAUGUAAGGAUCCAGUCGGAAACUCAGUCUAUUGUGAAAUACACGCCAACGCAUGGUGGCUUGAGUAUCGCCGGAAAAGAGGGGCAAAGGUAGUAAAGACAACAUCUAAAACCCCCCCAAAGGACGGAAAGGUCGAGGAAAACACUGACAUUGAUAGCACGAAGUCACCGGCCCUAGACGGUAAUGAGAGCGAUACCGACCGCGAGAUUUCUCAAGAGAAGAGCUCCAGUAAAACGAAGAUAUUCAGAUUUAUCGAAUACAAACCAAAGGAGGAACCGUAA